AUGAUAGACGCAGUUGAUAUUACCUUCCUUCAGGCUUAUGGUUUUGAUUACGUUGAAACGAUUGGUCGCGGAUCGUUUGGUGUUAUCUACAAAGUCUACUCACACCAAUACCAGAUGAACUUUGCACUUAAAAGAGUGCUUGCCGAGCAGUUUCAUGAUAAUGAAAUCGAUUGCAUGAUUCAAAUCAGGAGUGCUUGCAUUGUCACUCUUUACAAAUACUGGCAUCACAAAGAAUACGUGUAUUUGUUAAUGGAGUAUUGCCCCAAUUCUAUAGACAAAAUUCUCUCAGAUAUGAAUCAACUACCAGUUUUAAAGAUAUAUCAACUCGCUUUAGGUCUUACUGCUUCAGUAAAUUCCUGCCACGAAAAUCAUAUUACACAUGGCGAUAUCAAACCAUCAAAUUUCCUAAUCGAUCAGAAUGGGCGAGUUAAAAUAUGCGAUUUUGGUCUUGCAAGAAGAAGUCUUCCAGAUGAAAACUCUACUGCUUAUUCUGGCACUCUUAUGUUCCUUUCCCCAGAAAUCAUAUCAAAGCAACCUUUUGAUGCUUAUGCUGCGGAUAUUUGGGCUCUUGGAGUAACUUUAUAUUACUUAUUGACGCAUAAAUGGCCUUGGGUCACAGAUUCCAAGCAGGCAAUGUACCAAAGUAUUGUAAACUGCUGGUACAAUGAAGAAAUUAUUCCAGAUUUGUUUUUCAAGAAAUUAAUUCGUGAUUGUCUAAACUUAGACCCUGCUAAGCGUCCAACAUCUGCAGACAUAAUGAAAUCGAUUAGAGGAAAGAUAGAGAAAGGCACUAAAAAGAUCAUCAGACCACUUUCUAUUGCAAUGGUUUCCAAUUCUUUAAUCCUUUCUCUAAAUGCUAAGAGAAGGAAGAGACUUAUGUCAAACUAA